AUUAUGCAAAUUUUAGAUUGGGAAGCCCGAGUAGACGAUUAUGGUCGGAUAUUUUAUAUAGAUCAUAUAAAUAAACGAACUACUUGGGAAGCACCUGCAAAUAGCUGUGUCACAACUCACAGCAAACUCGCGCAGAAGUUAAUUUGUUUACAAAUCUUCAAAACAUCUGAAGCUUUACAAUUUUACAAUAGCAGUCGUUAUUUAAAGCAUAUUCUUCAUCGUAUUCGAAGAGAUGGCAAUACUUUUGAACGUUUUAAGCAAAAUCGAGAAUUAGUUAAAUUUCUCAAUUUAUUUGCUGACAAUACUUUGCCAUUACCUGAAGGAUGGCAAUUAAGUGGUCAUCUUAAUGAGCAGCAAUUACAAACAGUUGAGCAGAUCAAUUUCAGAUUUCAGCUUCGUCGAUCACAACUUCUGUUGGAUGCAUAUAAUCAAAUGCUAUCAGUAGAUGCUUCAGAAUUAAGAAAAAGUCAGCUUUCUGUUGUUUUCGAUGAGGAAGACGGACUUGAUUAUGGUGGCCCAUCGAGAGAAUUAUUUUUUCUGCUUUCUCGAGAACUAUUCAAUCCGUACAAUGGCUUAUUCGAAUAUUCAGCUAACGACACUUACACAGUACAAAUCAGUCCAAUGAGCGUUUAUGUUGAUCACUACACUGACUGGUUCGCAAAAGUAAAGUUUGAACUGUUUUUUUAUCAGAAAUUAUCCCCUUCAAUAGAUGACUUAAAAGCUAUGGAUCCACAGUUUUACAAUAGUUUAGUAUGGAUCAAAGAGAAUGAAAUUACAGAAGAUCUUGGAUUAACGUUUAGUGUGACUGAAAAUGUUACUGGGAAGAUUGUUGAUAGGGAACUUCUACGUGAUGGUAAGAAUUUGAUGGUAACAGAAGUAAAUAAGUAUGAAUUUAUUACCUUAAUGAUCAAAUGGAGAAUCGAAAGAGGCGUUAGUGAACAGAGCAAAGCACUUUUACGUGGGCUUUAUCAGGUAAUUGAUCGAGAUCUUCUUCGCAUUUUUGACAACAAGCAAUUAAAACUAAUGCUUUCUGGUACAAUGGAAAUUGAUAUUGAAGACUGGAGGAGACACACAGAAUAUAAAAAUGGUUAUCACGCUGACCACAUAUGCAUCACAUGGUUUUGGAAUAUAGUUUAUGGAAUGACUAAUGAAGACAGACUUAAACUACUUCAAUUUGUUACUGGAACAUCCAGCGUACCAUACGAUGGUUUCCAAGCGUUGCGUGGCUCUGAUGGUCCAAAAAAAUUUACAAUAGAAAAAUGGGGAUCUGAGAAAAGUUUACCAAGAGCUCAUACAUGUUUCAAUAGGCUUGAUCUACCUGCCUACCUGACACAGCAUAUACUUGGUGCAAAAUUACGUACUGCUAUCCAUGAAAGCGCUACAUAUGAAAUAGAAUGA